GGAUCUCUCUCGUUCUUUCUCUCAUUCUCUUGCUUCUUCUCUUCUAUCCAGGAGAAAGUUCUGGAAGACAGGGUGGGAUUCAAGUUUCGAAGCCCCUCGAAGAGGAGAAAGAAGAGCGAGGGAUAGUUGAAGGAAAAGUUAGGUGGAAGAGUUACGGGAGGACUAACUAAAUACUAGGCCAAUAUGGCUCUUCUUUGCUACAACAAAGGCUGUGGAGAGAAGUUUGAUACUGACAAGAACAAAGACGAUGCCUGUCUUCAUCAUCCUGGUGUUCCCAUCUUCCACGAUGCUCUGAAGGGUUGGUCUUGUUGUAGGAAGAGGACCACAGACUUCUCUGAGUUCCUUUCUAUCAAGGGCUGCACCCAGGGGCGUCAUAGCAACAAAAUGCCCCAGGAGCCUAUGCAGCCGACAGUGACAUCAGACAAGAACGGCGUGAGAAACAACAGAGAGGAGAUCAUUUACCAGGGGCCCAAAUCAGCUGAGGCACUGCAGAAAGAGAGACCCAGUUCAGAUGAGGAUAAGACCAAGCUGAAGCUGAAGGUGUCUGCCUCUCUGACUCAGGUUCUUGGGAAGAUGGAAAUCAGCAGCAAGGCAGAACUGGAGAAGAAAGAGAGUGCAGUUGUCAUGCAGGGAACGCGAUGCAAGAACACAGGAUGCAAAACACAAUACCAGGGCCCAGAGACCAACGGAGAGACCUGUACACACCACCCUGGAGCGCCAGUCUUCCACGAGGGGUAUAAGUACUGGAACUGUUGCUGUGUGAAGACCAUAGACUUUAAUGCUUUCCUGGAUCAGAAAGGUUGUACCAAUGGCAAACAUCGCUGGGUCCAAAAAGUGAACAAUAAGAAGGUAGCGUGUAGACAUGACUGGCACCAGACAGCCACACAGGUCUACGUGACCAUCUAUGCCAAGAACGCCAACCCUGAACUGUCCUACGUCGAGGCUAACCGCACUGUGCUGACCUGUCACAUCCAGUUUGAGGAAAACAAGAUUUUCCAUAAGGACUUCCAUCUGUGGGGGGUAGCGGAUGUAGCCAACAGUGGGGUCAACAUGGUUCCCUCUAAGGUGGAAGUGUCGCUCCGUAAGGCAGAUGCUGUGGCCUGGGGAAAACUAGAGGACCCCAAGUUCAAACCAGAACCAGAACCCCAGGACCUGGACAUGGGUUACACAGAUGAGGCCGACGACCCCAGUCAGUGGGACAGGGACAUCGACGACGAUGACAUCAGUGAUUCAGAUGAGGAGUGGGAGAAACCGCAGCUUAUCCAGAAUCCUCCAGAAGAGAAUGAUAUGCCCGUGUUAGAAGGUUAAAUUGAUGAGUUGAUUUAUUGAUUACGUCUACUGUCAGUCAAGACGGUCUGACUGUUUGUGAGAUUGUUGUUAGAAGAAUACUUUAUUGUCCAUUUUCCUUACAGUCCAAGGAAAUGGUAUGGCUGUAAUAUUGUUACUGGUUUUUAAUUUAUAAAGAAAUUGUACUUGAAUUUGUUUUAUGUAUUGAUCUCUACUGUAUGCACGGAUACAAAUAAGAAAUAUCAACCUGUUAUAGAUUAGUUUUCAUCGUCUUCUACCCCCCAGUACGUUGUCCAUAUUAGGCCAAUAUCAGGCAACUUUGGGACAGAAUCAAUGUCCUAAUAUGGACACUGUACUCUGGUUUCAUUGUAAUUAAAUAAGAAAAGCCUACUGUAUUGAAAAGUAUCUGUCCAUUCUACAUCUUUGCUGUUUGAAUGUGACUUGUUUGUGAUGCUAAAUGGCCUGCUGUGCUGUGAUAUUCAUUAAAACAAAGGAGAAACUCCA